GGAGGUGAAAACUAAGUUUAGAACCAUACCGGUUUCAAAUUCGGAUUGCAAAUAUGAAAAGACAACAUCCUAUGUUCAAAUUGUUAUUGUUAGUGUUAUUUGGAAUACAUUGUAGAGCUGCACAUUUAAAUAUGUUGAAUACAAGAAAAGGAUAUUAUCCAAGGCAAGGAGAGAUGGGAAGAGUAGUAUCAUCACCAAUGAUCAAUAGAAGACCAAGAAAAGUCAUGUCUAAAACAUUUCAAUCAAUCAUCAAUAGCAAUCGCAAUCUGCCAUCAAAUAAUAACCAACCAAAAAACAACUUUCCAAGCUCUUUUCCAUUAACAACCAAAAGCGGAAAUCCAACUCAAUAUAAUCAAUACAAUAACGUCUUUGCACCUCGUAUACCUUCCCAGAAUAUUGGAGGUGUUCCGAGAAUUGGAGGUGUAACAAAAAUAGGAUUACCAAAACACGGAGGUGUACAAAAUCUCGCAAGUGUGCCAGCAAUUGGAGGUGUACCACAAAUAGGAGGUAUACCUAAUUUAAACAAUUUAAACAGUGCAAAUAUUCGAGCACAUCUUAUUAAAUUGAUAACUAAUAUGAGUCCGGAACAGUUGAGCUUAAAUGCACAAAGUCUUGGAAAUGUUAAUACUGCUCAACUUGUGAAUAAACAUACAAGACAAACUCCUGCAUCGCCUCAGACUGUCAAGAACACCAUUAAUAUUAAGGUAGUGAGGAAAAAGACCGUCCCACUACCAAGCAUGAUAAAUCCAAAUGUAAAUCGAAUGCACCGUCCGGCAGUUAAAAAAAUCAGGAAACAGCCCAUUAUUACCAUGGUUCCAAAACGGAACAGAAUGCCUUUAGUACUCAAAUCGAUCGCUGAUAGAAAGCGACUUACAAUGAGUGAACGACUUAAGUCUAUUCCACCAUUAAGUUUAAGCGCUUUGAAAAAUAACGCAGGAGAGGUCGUGAAGGGGGAAGUUGCUUCGUCACAAAAGCAAAAUACAGCUACCACCGAUCCGACAAAGAAUAUAAAAGUUAUCGCUAAAAAUAAUACAGCGGAAGUUAAAAUUAUUAACGAAAAUCCCACAAGCUUAACUGGAAGUAGUAAGAAUGAUCCUAAUUUUAUCGUACUGAAAGAUAUAACAAUAACAAAUCAUACAACAAAUGGAGAGAACGGGACCUUUAAUGGAACCAAAAUGAGUGUGACUCUUAUGUCGCAAGCGACAGGAGGACGUCCAAUCGUUAUUGAAGCAAGCAAUAACAUUGUAGUUUCACAAGAAAAAAUGCCGAACGGAACCGUACAAUUUAUUAUAAAAACUGAUACAAAGACAACCACGGUCCCACCGACUACGACAACGGAAGUCAGCACAAUGCUUCCGACGGAGGAACCACCCGAGCUUGACGAAAUUAUAACAACAGAAGCACCGUAAGACACGUCCGAGGAAAUAUUCCGAAUGAAUAUCGUCUGAAUAACUCCGACGUUUGAGUCUGAAACUAUCAUUAUUGGGCAUUUGAUUGAUAUAAUAACGAAUGUUAAAAAAAGUGUCGGAGACGAUGUGACUCGGGAACAUUCAGGGUAAGACUGAAUGGAAGACGUCAGUGUUCCGGAAGUCAUGAUAAUAGCGUACUGUGAACACCAUGCCGUUACUAUAGUAACCAUCUUAGCAGUUCCGGUUAUCACAAACACUUACCAGUGAUUCAAAUACCAAAUCUUACUGUCUCUUAUUUGUUAGUAUUAACGUUGUUUCGAAGCUGUGAUAAAAUUUUGUGGACGAUAUAGCCAUAAAUGGAAAGAUAUUUAUAUGUAUACUUUUCGAAUGCAUGUUUUAUAUUUGACAUCGUUAAUGUGAAGAUGUCAAUAGUUAUAAUUUAGUACCAUGAGAUUCUAUGUUGUCAGAUGGUCGUUAAGUCAUUCAUAAAAUAUCACAUGUCAGUCAAAAGUUAUCUGUAUAUCUGUGACUAGGCAUAUUUUAAAAAAAAAAUUGUUGAAUGAGGCAAAUUUUGGUGCCGUUUUAAUAUGUUAUCGUUUAUUGUUAAAUGAGUGGAUUUGUAAAGGGAGCUUUACCAUUUGAAUUUUAUAGGGAGCUAGAAUGAACCAUUUUGUUCAGUUUUCUUUUUUGUUGUUGUUGUAAUCUCUGUCCUUUUUCAUUUUUCACUCUUUUCGGUCCUGUCAUUUUUUUCUUAUUAGUUUAUUCUGAUUUUUUACUUCAAUUGUCAUCAUCCUGACAUGUUUUUUUGGCCAAGUGUCUCGUCCUACCUUUUUUUUUUAACUCAAAACCCCUGUUAUGCAUUUAUUCAAUUUCACCCUAAACUCCGCCCAUAAACAUCAAAUGGUGGCUCCCUUAAUAAAUUUGAAUGUCAGUCUUUCAUUCAUUUGUCAAUUACUUUUUAAAGUUUUGUACUAACACUAUGUAGUGGACAUUCAGUGUCUGUCUAUAAGAGUUGAAGGGGUUCCUUCCUUUCUGUAGUUUUGAGGGCCCUCAUGGGGUUUUUGAUUAUGUGAUUACUUGGCCGUUUUUUUAAUGAUUAUUUGAUUAUUAAGCCAAAUAUUUCAUGAUUAUUUGAUUACCUAGGACUGUAUUUUUAGUUUAUGAUUAUUUGAUUACUAAAGAUAAGCAAAUAUUUAAUGAUUAUGUGAUUAUAUUGGCAAAAAAAUGGUGAUUAUGUGAUUACUAGGACCCCCCCAUGAGGGGCCUCAGUUUUCUCUAUUCCUUUUAUAUUAGCACUUCAUAUUUGACAUGUUCGGGCCAAUUUUCUCUAUUUAUAUAGAGAUGGAGACACAUAGAAAAUGUCUUUCGUUUGAAAUACUUUCCGUUGAUUUAUUGUUUAGUUUGUCGUGCUUAUGUAUUUGUUUGAAAAAUAAAAUUCAUCUUAAAGGAAGAGAAUUUUACUACAUAGUUUUUGAUAGAUAAAUAGCAUUGUGCUAUGUGUUCAUCCGCAAAAGCUAAAUCAACGUUGCACUAUAAUUUUAGUUCGUGUUGAAUUUUUUUUUAGUUUUUUACUUCCAUUUUGUUCCCCAUUAUUACUUUUUGGAAAUCAUUUUUUUUUAACUUUCCCAGUUGCGGAUUUAGGGGUAGCGAGGCGGGCAAUCUUUUUGUGGUAAACGUUUUGAUGAUUAUUAAAGGAAUCACUGCAGUGAAUGGGGUCUCUCUUAUGUCAGUCAGUGCAACCCCUCCCCUCUGAUGAACAUUGCUUGACCCUCCACUGUUUUCCAAUCAUUAGUAUUUCACAUGCGUUUAUACAUGACCUCAAUUUUGAUAUUUCGGAGGUCGUGUAUGCUUAACCAUGCAUGUAAAUACAAUGUGUGCAAUAACCUUUCUUCAGGAAAUGAUACUUGUUUUACCAACCCCUGACAGCAGCAAGCCAAUGAAGUGAAGUGAAUAGUAGGGUUAUUGAUUUCAAAUAUGACAAAUCAUUUAUCAAAGUUUAUGAAUAAACAGCAAACGUGCAAUUUUCAUUGAAAGCCUUAUUUUAAAGGUUAAUGUUUGUUGAUUUAGGGUCACAUAUUGGGAAAAAUUGAAUUCCUUUUGUAUUCUAUAUCAUUGCGAGUAAUUUAGACUCGGUUUUUGCUUUUAAUUCUAAAAUGAUAAAUUAUAAAAUAUUAAAAAACUUUUUGAAACGAACGAAUUAUUAUAUAUAUACACAUUAACAAUGUUAUACUACUUUCGUUGUAUUUACUAGGUACACUGCUACAUACGUUAAACUAUAAGUUAAUAUAAACUAAAAGCCUGACUGUCUGACCACCCCCCUUUUUUUCUUAAUCGGUCUGACAUGCAGAUUUUUCGUUUAUGAUGUUUGAAUUAUAAUAUUCAUUGUCGGUGAUUUCCCAUUUAUGUCAGUAUGUCAGAAUCUAUGUCCCAAUUGUCCGAUGAAUUGAGAAAUAAUGAUUUUUAUAUUAUAAUAAAUCACGCCUCCAGGGGAAAUAUCAAUAAAUAUCGCACUGUCUUUAUACAGGUGUCAACAAUUCAUUAGAAGAAUCAUUUUUACAUGUACUAACCUGAUUUUAUUAAUAUGCGCUGCGACCAAUAAAUAUAUAUUUAUGUACAAGUCUAUGAUAUACUUAUGUUUAUUGAUGAUUUUUUUACUUGGGAAAAGUCAUUUCCGAUAGAAAUUUUUGAGGCAAUACAAUAUUAUCAAAUUAUCGGAUGUGUUUCCAUUAGAAAAAUUGAGAAUAGAGAAGAAUGGGGGAAACAAAAUGAAGCGAAUCGAAAAAUAAUGGAUAAAAUAUAUAAAUAAAAGAGAAAAAGCUAUAAAAAGCUACAGAAUAAAGAAAUUAAAUUCCACUCUCCCUUUCCAGACCUUUCUCCUAUAGUACCGAGCAUAAUUUGACUAAAAUCAUAUUGUACUUGUCCUCUUUUGUAGGUGAUAAUCGUCAGUCCUGUCACAGGCUGUAUUUGGACUUGAAUUUAUUGUUGCUGUGCUAUUUGACGUCACGGCCAUUGGUCUUGAUCGCAUAGGAGGAGGUGUCCGUGUAAUGAAGACUACGUAUCGUUAAACUCAACCCAAUAUUAUGGUUUCUUUUUAGUCAGCGGCCGUUCAGUUGAUGUUUGUGUUUUUGUAUUUUUUUGUGUGUCAAUUCUGUUGGUGUGUUCUUUUUGUUUCUCUGAGUUUUUAAUUUAUUUUUGGAACAGUCAGUUGUUCCGUGUUCAGCGUGGUUUGAUGUACUUUUCACAUUCGUGACAACUCGGCAGAUUCCGUUAGUAACGGAUUCACCCGAGGAUUGUCGAUUUGAUACUUUUCAGUAUUUUGAUAGACAUUUCUGUUAUCAUUUUAAUGUAUUAUAGCAUUUAACAUUUUAUAUCUAUACCAUGUUUGGUAGAUAAAUAGAUGGUAUACCCAAUGGGUACUUUAUUUGGCCUUUUAAACUUUUUUAUUUGAGCGUAACUGAUGAGUCCGACCAAAAAUGAACACAAAAAAAGUUUGUCAGAUUUUGUGUUUUUUGUGUUGUUUUUUGUGGGUUUUUUUAAGAAUAUAUAGUAAAAAUAGCAAGUGACGAAUAUUUAUGUUGUAGUUUGGUAAAUGGAAUUUUGAAUGUUUGCAAAACAGUUAUUUAUUUAUUAAAUUGAAAUUGUGUAUACACUUUUGCGUAAGAACACACAUAUAUAUAUAUAUAUAUUUAAUUGCGUAAAAUAUUGUUACUGAGUUGAGUGUUUUUUUACUUGCAGGAGUGUAUAUGUUAGAAGACAAUUCAUUAAAGAAGAAAAAAUGCCCAAAAAAAAAUACAAAAUACAAAAUUAUCGGCAUAUAUUUUGAU